CGGCACCCCCGAACCCCCCCCGGGCACCGGGCGGCCCCGUCCCCGCCGGGGGCUCCAUGCGAGCCCAGCCCCGAUGGCCGCGGUCGGACAGGAGGAUGCGGGGCCGGGAUCGCGAUCGGGGCCGGGAUCGGGAUCGGCCCCUUCCAGCGGCGCCGCCUCGGACGAUGAGAUCGCGACGAGCGACAGCGGCGACAGCUGCGACAGCGGCGGCAGCGGCGGCGGCAGCGCGGGGCCCCCGUCCAUCCUGCGGCGCUCCCGCGCGCGCCGGGCCGGGAAGCGCGUGCGCUUCGCCCAGGUCACCGUUUACUACUUUGCCCGGCGCCAGGGCUUCACCUGCGUGCCCAGCGCCGGGGGCAGCUCCCUGGGCAUGGCCCCCAGGCACCACCGCGCCCGCAGGUACAGCCUCAGCCAGUUCGCUCACCUGCGCCAGGUGAGCCACCGGCAGCACCUGCGGCAGCACCUGCGCAGGGAGAAACUGCGAGCCAGGAGGAGGGAGCUGACCCAGAACGGGACGGUGCCGUCGGCCGAGGCGGCGGGGCUCACCCUGGCAGACGUGUCAGACGAUGACCUGGACGUGGGGCAGGUGGAGGUGGGCGAUUAUUUCUACCUGCAGCCCCUGCCCACCAAGCGGCGCCGGGCGCUGCUGCGCGCCUCGGGUGUGCGCAGGAUCGACGCCGAGGAGCGCCAGGAGCUGCGGGCGCUGCGCCUGUCCCGGGAGCAGUGCGGCUGCCUGUGCCGCCUGACCUGUGAGCCACGCACCUGUGCCUGCAGCCAGGCGGGCAUCCAGUGCCAGGUGGAUCGCUCCUCCUUCCCCUGCGGCUGUUCCCGGGACGGCUGCGGGAACGCGUCCGGCCGGAUCGAGUUCAACCCCCUGCGCGUCCGCACGCACUUCCUGCACACCCUGAUGAAGCUGGAGCUGGAGAACCGGCGUGAGGAGGAGAAGGAGGAGGGAGCAGCAGCCCCCCCUGGGCCCAGCUGGCCGCCCCCACAGCCCCCUGAGACUCAGGACUUCCAGGAGUACCUGGCGGAGAACGAGCGCGCGGUGCUGCACCUGCAGACGGCCGAGGAGCUGGACAGGCUGAAGGCUGAGGAAGACUCUGGAAGCGCCUCUGGGGGAGAGGGGGGUGGGGUGUGUGUGCUGGGGGAGCACCUGGAUGACACCUGGCAGGUGAAAGCUCCCCCCUGCUCCGGGCUCAGCUCCAGCAUCCUCAUCCCAGCCCAGUUCCCGCUGGAAUCGUCGGUGCUGUGUUACCCCCCGGGGCAGCCCCAGGGGAGCUCCCAGCCUUACCUGGCUGAUUCACCUGGGCUCUACUGCCAGCUGGAGCCACGGGCAGCUGCCAAGGGGGAGAGUGGCCACUUGGAGCAUCCCCCUGCUGCUUCCAGCCCCCCUGGGAAGGAGCUGGGGGUGCCACCUGUCCCCGCUGCUGUGAGCAAGGGAGGAGCACCUGAGAAUCUGCCCGAGCACCUGGAGCACCCCCACCUGCCUAUAUGAGUGGCCUCAGGCCCUCUGGCUCUGUUAUUUAUUCCAUGGAUUGAUUAUUUAAUUGCUGGGGGCUGCUCUGGACAGAAAAUUUACCUGGCCCAGGGUGAGGAGUGCUUCACUCACCUGGCAGGGACUCACCUGAGCUGGAGCCUCCUGGAUCCUCCCUGUUCUCCAUCCCACCUGGCAGAGAUCACCUGUGCCAGGACUCACCUGAGCUGGAGCCUCCUGGAUCCCAUGGCAGCUUUGUCCCCUCCUGGCUGCCUCCACUUUCCUUGUUUCUAAGGGAAAAAACCUUUUUUCCCUAAUUUUUGUUUGUUUCAU